UAGUGUAUAUUCUGCCCAAUACCCAGCACCUUCCCAAUUCACAAAGAGAUCACAAGGAAAGAACCCUCCCCUGUCCGCGAGGAUCACUCCUUCCGUGCUGGAUAGUUAAGUGUGACAGUUGAGUGUUCCGUGCAUUGAUGAACGUCCCUGAUUGGCCCAUGCUUAUACUUAAUUCUCCUUUUGGGACUAGCGUCCAUGAUUCAUCUGCCCCAUCAUCCCGCCAAUCAGCGCCACGGUAUUCACUUUGGCGCCUUAAGGCCACCACAAAUCCCAUCGAACGACCUCGCCGCUGCUAACCGUGAUCUCAACGCCGCUUGUUCUUGCAACUUCUUGUCAAUCAACCCUGCAACAUUCCCGACAGACGGCAUAACACUCCGAGAACGUCCAGCAAUCCUGCAAUCAUCUGGACACCUGCAAAGCUGCGGGGUUAGUGGAUCUCGCCUGCGAAACCGAGGAUCGAGACCAAAGACAAGUCACUUCACCGCUUGUAAACCUGGUCGGACCACCAGAUCCUUGACACGAGCUGCAGUGGAGUGCGCAACGUGCCAAAGAGAGCCUGUCGAUCUGUGCCACGGCCUCUUCGAUGGAUUAUUGCAUGGUAUUUUGUGGCUAGCUGGUACUUGGGCGACAAUCUGGACUGCUCUUGCGCAUUGUCUUAAAUAAACUCACCUUUGCCCUUUUCUCCUUUCCUCUUUUGCUUGUUGCUUUUUUGAAUUAUCAUAUAGCACUGGCUGCAGGUUUUUUUGUCUUAUUCUUUUAUAAUUUGGACGAGAUCUUGUUUGCCUGUACAGAUUACGUCUCACGCCACACCUCAAACCUCCCUACGAAGAUACGACUAUUGACCUUGCCGCCGCCGUUAUCCUUCGUCCUACCCUUCACGAAAAAGAUAAAAUACUUCGUUGAUGGCUGUU